UUUUGUGCCUUAGCUUAGUGCACUUGCGGUGAUGGCACGCAAAGCUCGCCUCAUUGCCGGAGGGCCAGGUCCAGUUACUGGCGGCCUGGGUCAUCCUCGGGCUCCAACUCAAGGCACGCAUCGAGCACGGGCCUGCGUUGCUUGGCUCUGCCUUGGCCUGGCCACGACCUUUGUCGCAUCGUCCACCCUGCGGCGGUCAACUUCUUUGCCGAGGAGAGGUGAAGGGUUCACGGAGGCGCCAGCGCCAAAGGCCAAGUCCACCAUCAGCCGAGAGCAGCUGGAGCGGGAUCACGGCGCCAGCUGGGAGUUGGUGGACAAGAUCCUGAAGGGCGAGAGGGCUGCCAGCCCAGAGGCGAUCAUGCGGGCGCGCUUUACGGCAUUGCGGUUCAAGGAUCCGCAGUUCCUAGCUGCCACGGAGAAGG